UAUGCAACUGGAAAAGCCCACGGAAGGACCUUGAGGGAAAAGAUGACCUCUGUGUUAAGCUCAAAACAAAUAUGUACUUGCACUUUGGAACGAAUGAUCCAGAGGUGCCCAUUCAUGUGACAUUAGCAAAGCUGGUCUGAAGUUGAAAGAAAAUGGCUCACCGCUGCUUUGCCUUGAUCCUCGGAUUGCUGGGAUGCCUCUCGGACUGUGCAGUUUUUAUUAAUCAGCAAAAGGCAAGCUCUGUCUUGCACCGAUACAGAAGAUAUAACACUGGACACUUUGAAGAGUUUCUUCAAGGGAAUCUUGAACGAGAAUGCCUUGAGGAAAAAUGCAAUUUUGAAGAAGCCCGAGAAGUGUUUGAAGAUGAUGCUCAAACGGUAGCCUUUUGGAAGACAUAUAUCGAUGUUUGCUCAGUAAACAAUGGAGGUUGCGAGCAGAUUUGUACAAAUGGGCAAAGAGGAAGGCCUGAUUGUUCCUGUGUUGAUGGAUACAAUCUGUCAGAGGAUCAGAAGUCCUGCGAGCCAUCAGGACCCUUUUCUUGUGGAACGAUUACAUUUCCAGAAGCCAUAACAUCCAGUGUCUCACCGGACCAGAGCUACGUCAAUACCAAAAGCCACCAAGAGAAGAUAAACAUUGCUCACACUAUCCUCCAGAGAAUUCCUACUCAAGACUUGGGUCAGUUUAACAGCUGGAAAGGAGAAGUCCCAUGGCAGGUUUAUCUGUUCAGCUUGAAGGGAACAGGAUUUUGCGAAGGGGUGCUGAUUAGUGAUAAGUGGGUCAUCACAGCAGCACAUUGCCUUGACUAUGAACCUCACAAAAUCAUGGCAGGAGAAUACAACACCGCCAUCUUUGAGAACUCUGAACAGCUCCGUCAAGUCCUGAGGGCGGUCCAGCAUCCUAGCUACAAUGCUACCACAUUUGAAAAUGAUCUAGCUCUUCUGGAGCUAAACAUACCAUUGGUCCUGAACAAAUACGUCACCCCAAUUUGCAUCGGGAACAAGGUACUCACGGAUUACCUCCUGAAGCAUGGAAGAAGCACCAUGAGUGGCUGGUGGCAGCUCGACUAUUUACAGAAGGUCUCAAAUACCCUUCAACGUGCAGACAUCCAAUACGUUGACCAGGUCAAAUGUCUGCAGACGAACGAGAGCCAACUUUUGCCCAAUACCUUCUGUGCAGGCCAUCCUACCUUUGUUAAAAAGGUCUAUCAUGGCAACAGUGGAGCUCCGUUUGCUACCGAUAGGAACAACACGUGGUUUCUAACAGGCAUAGCAACUUGUGGAGCAGAGUGUACUGGGGAUGAACCAUACAGUAUCUUCACUUCGAUAGCAAAUUAUAAUGAGUGGAUAAACAAUGUGAUAAGAGGGGAGCAAUGAGGAAGAGGCACAAUGUGGUCUAUCAGUUUCCCAUUAUCUCCUGACCAUGUGAGGGAGGAGAGAUAUAUGAUUCCUAAUUUCUUUGUCACUUUCAUUUAAUGAAAAUGGAUCUUGCUUCAUUCUGGUGAUGGGAGGCAUUAUUUUCACUGAAAUCAGUUCCAAUUUGCACAGAAAUUAGCUGGAAACAUAAUAAAAGGUAGAGGUGGCAGAGCCCAGUGGGUAAAGCCCUUGGCUUGGAGAAUUAAAAAGCCCAUUUUUAAUCCCAUCGUUAUGAGUCUACUCAUACCUUACAACAGCAUCAGUUUUCUAAGCACCACAUCCUUACCUGGCUGAAGUGACGGUAAAACACAGGAUUAGAAAAAGGCUAAUGAGCCUGAGAAAUGGGUUGAAAUGCUGAAAUUUGUAUGUUUAUGAAGUAUAAUGAAAGUAGAAAUAAAUGGCAACAUGAAAAAGAUCA